GCAGAGCCACCCGAAGCGCCAGCACACAAAAGUCCACAAAGUCCAGCUGGGGAAGCAAACACAAAAAAAAAAAGAGACACCAGCGAGAAAAAUAUAUAGAAAACAACUCGGGCCAAGUUCGAAUCGAAGAUUGUGUGCAAGCCAGCUAGCCGUUAAAUUGAGUUCCGUUCGAGUGGCAAACAAACCUGAGUAGCCAUGAGCUUCACCCGCCAACUGUCCGAGAUGAGUGCCAGCGAGCUGAACGAUGCCAUCGAUGACACCAACUUCCCGCAAGCCCACAUCCUGUCGCGCGGUCGCAACAACAGCGUCUGCUCAACAAGUAGCACCUCGGGCACCUCCUCGCUGGCCGACAGGCCGCUGGCUCAGCCAGAAGAAUCAUCAGCCAUUGGAAUCGUGGGAACACCCACCGAGGAGGUGGCUCCGGUGGCUCUACCCACAGCUCCUGCUCCCCUCACCAGCAGCCAGAGACCCCGCCUCAUCCUGAAGACCAACGGCAGCAGUCCGGAUAGCGAUGGUACACAACCGAAAACACCAAUGACACCGCGUACAUCGACAACGCCAGGUAGUGGCCACGAGAAAUGCACAUUCCACCACGACCUGGAGCUGGACCACAAGCCGCCGACGCGAGAGGCCCUCCUGCCCGACAUGGCCCGCUCGUACCGCCUUCUCCUGGGCGGACUGGGCGAGAAUCCCGAUCGCCAGGGACUGAUCAAGACCCCGGAGAGGGCGGCCAAGGCCAUGCUGUACUUCACCAAGGGCUACGACCAGAGUCUCGAGGACGUUCUGAACGGCGCCGUUUUCGACGAGGAUCAUGACGAAAUGGUGGUGGUCAAGGACAUCGAAAUGUUCUCCAUGUGCGAGCACCAUCUGGUGCCUUUCUACGGCAAAGUAUCAAUUGGUUACUUGCCAUGCAACAAGAUUCUGGGCCUCAGCAAAUUGGCACGCAUUGUGGAAAUCUUUUCGCGUCGCCUGCAAGUCCAGGAGCGUCUGACGAAGCAGAUCGCAGUGGCUGUCACCCAAGCCGUUCAACCUGCUGGUGUUGCUGUUGUCGUAGAGGGAGUACACAUGUGCAUGGUGAUGCGUGGCGUGCAGAAAAUCAACAGCAAAACUGUUACCUCAACUAUGAUGGGCGCUUUCCGAGACGACCCCAAGACCCGUGAGGAAUUCCUGAACUUAGUGAAUAGCAAAUAGAGUGGACCAAAAGGAUUAUGAAUAUUGAAAAAUCCGAGACCAACUAAACCCUUGCAAUAUUUUUGGAGACGCUUAUAUACAACAAAGAAACGAACAAAAAUGAAACGAAACACAGGGUCCAUUAGUUUAUGUUUUUUAGGAUUGAUUUCAUUUAGUUAGUGCAAUGUUUGCAGCCAUUAUCCUUGUUGAUUUGUGUAAAAAUUGUUGAAAAUUCUGUUAGCUAAAUACAUUUUUAGAUAGAAGUGAGUAAUGAGAGGCGAGAUUCGAUGAGGUCGAUAUUUGAUUUCCGGUGUUGGGUAGUUUUAUGUUCAAUUUUAUAUGCAGUUUUAUGGCCCUUAAGCGAUAAUUUUUACAACUUAUACAUACGAGUAAUGCAUUGUGCAAUAAGGGAACAACUGAUAAUAAAUCAAGGCAAAUUGUUUAGGGAAUUUACAAUUUAAACAGAGUUCAUAAAAUUUAAUCAAAAAUAUAGUUAUGUAUGUUAACCUAUAUAACGAGUUAUAUUCAAGUUGUCCCACAAAAAGGAACUAAACAUAUUGGACGAUUUUAAAUGUUGAAAUUGAAUGCUCAUUGUGUAAAUGAUGUUGCUUGUAGUGAAUUAAAGCUGCUUAUUAAUUAUACAAUAAA